AUGAUCUUUGCUGCACAAUCAGGCCACGUCAACGUCGUUGACUUCCUACAUCACAACAGAACCGAAGGCAGUCAUGAGCGGGCAAUGGACUUUGCCGCCAAGUAUGGCCAUCUCAACACUUUGGAGUACUUGCAUCUCAAUAGGACCGAGGGCUGCACGACCAAUGCGAUGGACGAUGCAGCAAUCUUUGGACGUCUGGAGAUUGUCAAGUGGCUACAUCAUAAUCGAACAGAGGGCUGCACCACUGCGGCGAUGGAUGGAGCGUCCUCGAUGGCCAUCAUAGAGUUUCUUCAUUACAAUCGAACAGAGGGCUGCACAUCGGCUGCGAUGACCCGUGCAGCAAGUACCUCCAAUCUUCCAAAGCUCAAGUUCCUACAUAUGAAUCGAAGUGAAGGUGACAUUAACGAGACUCGGCACAUAGCAAUACUCGACUCAACCCAAGAGGUAAUAGAUUACCUCCAAGAUCUCUACCAACCAGUAUCCGAUUAUCGGAUAGAGUUUGAUAUUGAUGAUGAAUAUGAUGAAGAAGUCGUCGAAUACUAUCUUGAAUGA